CGAACCCACUCUGGCAGUCAGCAACGAACUGCCUUUGCUCUCACCUUCCCUCUCUUCUCGUCCGGUUGAAUCUAAACAUCAGGUGAAAGAAGCACAUGAAUCAAGCGUGUUUUAUUUUUUCUCUCCAAUGGUUAUAUAUGAAGAGAAUGCUGUGGAAUGCUGCCAUUUGGGCUCCGGGCAAACAAGCUGCCCUACUGUCACCCAGCAGCAGCGCAUGAGAGAGGCUCGAGGACGGACUCCUCCCCACCUACCCGUGACACUUUCAAGACAGCGCUGAGAAAGGAUAGCAGCCUUUUUCGGCCAGUCUGCGAACGGAGCAGUGAGACAGCGUUACGUAUAAACGACUUCACUGCAGCCGGGGGUUGCCUAUGUGGCUUUCUAAAGUUCCACCUCUGAAAACGUUGACAUCUUACGGACUCGAGCUAAAGCGCGAGAUUGCUUCUUUUCGUUUGUCAUUAUUGGACUUGGACCUACCCUCUGCGCUGUUGAUUCCCAGCGAGCAGUCCUGACACGGAUCCAGCUCAGCGCAUGCCAUGACCUUACAGAGACUGCUGUAUUAGAUGGUCAUUCUAAUCAACGUUUUAUACAUCUGACUGCAUGUAUUGAUAUCCCUUUUUGUACAUUUGUGUGAAAAAAAGUGUCUGCCCUAGGAGUGAUUUUUACUUAUCCUGGAGCCGUCAAAGCUGACGUCCCAUGAACACAUAAAACUGAGCCGGACACUGAACCUGAGCGAGAUGCACUACACACAGUGACACUUGCAUUUGAUAACUUCACCUGCUACGGUCGUCAAUUAAUUUUAACCAAGUGACCAGCAAGGCGUCAUCUGUAUCGCAGGUUGCGCUAUCAAAGCCCUUAGCACGUAGUGGUGUAGGAGACAGCGAUUUCUGUUGUAUUGAAUUGUCCUGCCUUUUUCUGUCAUCCAUAAACUGCGACAGAGGAAAGAAAAGGCACACAAAUGUAAACGAAAGAAGGCAUCUCUCCAGCUGAAGUGUACCUAGAACUGACAGAUCGUGCAGUCACCCCACAUCGAAGAGGAAUACGUGCCGAACUUUGCUGUUGUGAUGUUGAAAGUGGAGAUGGUGCUAUUUGUCUUUCUGGUGCUAUGGGUGUGUGUAUUCAGCCAGGAGCCCAGCUCCAAGGUGGUGGCCGACCGGUAUGCCGUCUUCUGGAACCGAACCAACCCCAGGUUCCAUCGUGGAGACUACCACAUUGACGUGUGUAUAAACGACUACCUGGAUGUGUUCUGUCCCCACUAUGAAGACAUGGUGCCGGAGGAGCUGAUGGAGCGCUACGUCCUCUACAUGGUCAACUACGACGGCUACAGUACGUGUGACCACACAGCCAAGGGCUUUAAACGCUGGGAGUGUAACAGGCCUCACUCCCCCAAUGGACCACUCAAGUUCUCCGAGAAGUUCCAGCUCUUCACCCCCUUCUCUCUGGGCUUCGAGUUCAGACCGGGCAGAGAGUACUACUACAUCUCCUCCACCAUCGCCGAGAAUGGACGAAGAACAUGCCUGAAACUCAAAGUCUUUGUCCGACCAUCAAACAGCUGUGUGAAAACUAUAGGUGUACAUGACCGUGUUUUUGACGUAAACGACAAAGUAGACAAUUCAUUAGAACCCCGAGAUGAUACAAGUCAUGAGUCUGCCGAACCGUCCAGGAGUGACGCCACAAGCGCAGCCUCACACUUGCGGAUAGCCAGUCCACUGCUGGCUGCACUGCUAAUCUGCUUAGCAACACUCUUCACCUUAUAGCGCCUCCCCCUGUCCUGGAGGGGAAUUACACCCUGCGCAGCCUGAAUCUACCCAAUGAUGAGGCUGGGGCUAGGGUGGGAGAAUGG